AUUUGUGAUUUAUAUCGUGGGUCUCCGGAAAAAAUUUCAAGUGAAGAACAAGAGUAAUCCCCUUUGACCUAACAAGCCUAGCUGUUCUGUGAAGUCGAGAUUCAGAAUGCAACCACAUCACACUCUACAAAAUAAUGAAUAAAUAUUUACAGUUCUAUUUAUUGAAGUCACAAGAAAGAAAUGUGCGUUGUUGUGCCUUCUUCUCCGCCACGCACGGUGGCCGCAGCUGGAACAUCAUGAAUCCAAACGACAUCAUCAGUGAGACAAAGAAGAAAUUCAAGAACAAAAUCGCGGAGGUGAAAAAGGAGAUUAGCAUCCGAGAUGUAGGUCUCACCCAUCUCCAAACAUCCGUUGUCAACCUGGCCUGUUUUUACAUCGUGAUGCAGAUGUUAACUUUGUCUGCUUUCACCAACAAAUUUAUAGUUUGUGGUAACUUGAAGCUCACGCUAACUAUUGGUUUUAUGUUAUCGGUGCAAGUUCUGGUAAAGAUUUACAAGAAGGGGCUCACCUAUAUUAACACCAAACUAAAAGAUGAACAGAACUUAUACGAUUUGAAGAAACUAAAAAGACAGCUCCGUCGGAUUAAGACAGCCAUGAGUGGGAUGAAUUUGGAGGCUGAUGAAGAUGACGAUGAAAAGUUCUACACUCGUCAAAAGUGGAAGCACGCUGGUUGUCAUUUUGCGCUGGUUCUCUGUUGUUUCGGCUUGAAAGCUUUCUUCGUCCACGUCUGGACCUUUAUCUCUGGAAUUCUACUUUCCAUGAAUGAAUAAUGUACAUGUUGCAGAUGACAUACAUAUUUAUGGUACAACUCCAAAAAGCUCAGCAUAGCUACACACAUGGCAGCAUGAACCAGAAUACUUAUUCUAGAAUGAACAAGACUCAAGGGAGGAUAUGAUGACUCAGAGGAACUUGAUGAUGAAUACUAGCCUAAUGAUGGGUGUGAUUAAAGCAUAUGGAAGCGUGGUGAAUGGUGACAAGAUGUGACAAGAGGGUAACAAAUAGACAUGAGAAAUUGUAUAAUAGUAGUUGAAGUGUUGUAAAGUAAAGAAUUUUAUCUAGAAUAGUUUGAUUGUGAAGUAAAAUUUUGUUGAUUAUGAUAUAACGGAGAUUCCUCCUUAUAUUGUGUAAAGAAUGGACAAAAGAGGAAGAUGUCUCAUGUCCCCUGAUAGUUUUAGGUGAGGUUCGGAAGAGUUACUCCUCGGCCCAUAAAUAUGUGUGUAUUUUAUGUAAAAAGGCAUACUGGAAUGGAAAUCAAUUUUUUGUAUAAA